AUGGCCUCGCCGCCGCAGUAUGCCUCCUCGCCGACGGCCAUGUCGCCUCCCUACCCGACGCCCGCAUCGAUCCCCAAUAAGAAGCGCUCGUCGAGCUUCGACACCACGGGCAAGCCGCCAGCGAUGAAGCGACGCAAGGCUUCGACGCUUUCUCAGUCGUCGGUGCCGGUGCACCCGCUCCGACAGACAUCGUUCCCCCCCGAGGCGCGGUCGCCGCACACGCGGUCGCCAUCAGUCGAUGCCCUCUCGCACGUAAGUGGCAGCGCGGUGAGCGGCACGGCUAGCGGCGUGGGCGGUGCUGCUGCGCGCAAAAAACGUAGCCGCAAGUUGGCGCGAGGAGCGGGCAAGACGGGGGACGAUGGCGGCGCAAACGAUCAGGCGUCGAGCGUCGCGGGCGGCAAGGCGGCGACCAACGUGUCGGGCCAGGGCGUAGACAAAGAGGCCGAAGAGGACGAGGACGACGACAAGGCGGAAAUGGCGCUCGAGGAUGUGGUGGCACGCACGCAAGAGCAGAAGCAGGAGGAGAUUCGGCUGCGCGCGAUGCUGGUCGAGGCGUUUGAUAGCGAGCAGUACAAUCGGUACGAGCUGUGGCGCGCCGCCAAGUUGUCGGAUGCAGUUGUCAAAAGGGUCGUCAACGCUACAGUGUCGCAGUCUGUCCCGCAAAUGGUCAGCACCGCCGUCAAGGCCGUGGCCAAGCUGUUUGCGGGCGAGCUCAUCGAGGAGGCGCGCCAGGUGCAGGCGGAAUGGAUCCGGGCGGGCGAGCACCAAAGCGAGCUGCCGACGCCGCCACCGCCGCCCGACAGCACUGAUGAGGAGAAGCGGGAGCUGGAGCUGGACCCGAAGCGCGGGCCGCUGCGGCCGGACCAUUUACGAGCGGCGUGGCUGCGGUACCGGGCUUCUAAGCAGAGUCACGGGGUGGGCAUGCAGCAGCUGUGGCACAACCAGCAGGGCAGCGGCGUGGAGCGCUUCUCUGCGCGGACGCGUAAGCAAAUGUUCAAGUAG